AUGGCUUUCAGAUCUUCAUCUUCCCGCCCUUCGAUUUCUCGAAGGCAAUCUUCUUCAGCAGCGAACUCGACGGCUUUUUCAUCCAACGAGUCUCAUGCUGCAGAUCUCGCACUCUCACUGCAGAAGCUUACUCUUGCGACUUCUCCCUCUUCUGCCAAAUCCCCAAGAGGCUCCAAGCCCGUUACCCCUUUCAAGGGCCCUUCUUCUACUUCUCUUGCGUCCCCAUCACCAGCAGCAAAUCACCCCAAACUGUCCCCACGCAGCCCCUCGCUAGGAAGAGCCUCGCGAUCAUCUACGCCUUCUCUUGUUCGAAAAGCUUCUACCUCUUCUCUGCGAUCUCCAAGCGUUGGGCCUCGUCCCGGUCAAUCUCUGUCUCGCAGGGCGAGUUCAGUCAACCUUUCAGCAUCAAUAGCCAAAUCACCAUUAGCCAUGAGCGACGCACCACUUCCCGAGCCCAAGCCCGUGCUCACCGCCAACUCGAUCGCCAAGGAGUUUUUCGUGGCAGAUCUUCAAUCGCACGAAGAGGACAAGAGCGGCCAGUCCACCGACGCCCUGGUCAUUUUCCACGAUUCGUGCUACGGCCAUCGCUUCUCAAGGCCUAAUUCGACGACCAACAUCCUAAGCUCUAUCGUCGAACGGCCCGAGCGGCUAAAGGCCUGCGCUCUUGGCGUCGCGGCCGCCUACGUCAAGCUCGGUGAGCGUCAUGCCGAUGGUCGGCAUGCGCUUCACCCGAGGCUUGACCCGGCGUCGAUCCCGAAUCUGCCCUUCCGUAUUCGGAAGGUUUCGAGGCGGCUCUCCCUCCUUUCCGCGGCCGUCGUCGCCGUCCACGGAAAGGAGUGGAUGGAAGAGCUCAAGUCUAUGUGCCAGUCGACGAGGGCCAAGCUCGCGGCCAACGAGCUCGAGGUCAAGAGGUGCAACAGCAACCUCCGGCCCGGGCAGGAACCCAAGCCGCAGUUCAACCAGGGCGACCUGUACCUCGGCCCCGAGUCCCUUGAAGCCAUGGAGGGCGCUCUUGGCGCGGUGUGCGAGGCCGUGGACGCUGUUUUCACGUCCGGGCAUCGUCGCUGCUUCGUCUCGAUCCGCCCUCCUGGCCACCACUGCUCAGGCGACUAUCCGUCUGGUUUUUGCUGGGUAAACAACGUCCACGUCGGUAUCGCUCACGCCAUGAUGAACCACGGACUUACCCACGCCGCCAUUGUCGAUUUCGACCUUCACCACGGCGACGGCUCUCAAGCGAUUGCAUGGAGCCAUAAUCAUCGUCACACCUACGGCAAAGGCCGCGGUGGCUUGUCCCAAUGGAAGAAGUCGGCGAUUGGUUACUUUAGUCUCCACGACAUCAACUCCUUCCCUUGCGAAAUGGGCAACGCCGAGAAGGUCACUAAUGCUAGUUUGUGCAUUGAAAACGCCCACGGCCAAAACAUUUGGAAUAUCCAUCUGCAGCCCUGGGAUACCGAGCCCGAAUUCUGGGCCCUGUACGAAAACCGCUAUUCCGUACUCAUCCGCAAGGCCGAAUCCUUCUUGAAGGCCCAAACCGCCAAACUUCGCAACGCCAACAAGCCCGCCAAAUCUGCCAUUUUCAUUUCCGCCGGCUUCGACGCCAGCGAGUGGGAGUCUGCGGGUAUGCAGAGACACUCGGUCAUGGUCCCCACCGACUUCUACGCCCGAAUUACCCGAGAUGUCGUGGAAAUGGCAUCCGAUCCGGAAACGGCCACAGACGGACGUAUUAUCAGCGUCAUGGAAGGUGGUUAUAGCGAUCGGGCAAUUUGUUCUGGUGUUUUUAGCCAUUUGAGCGGCAUGGUGGCGACGCAGACUGGCAACGACGCAAAGUAUCUCAACGCCGUGAAGGAGGAGAUCGACGAAGAUGUGGCCCCGGAUUGCAUGGCUCCGCACGGCCUUCUUUCUCAGAGCCGCAAGCGAACUUUCUCGUCCUCCUUCUCAUUCGAUCCGGCUUGGUGGUCGAGUACGGCCUUGGACAAACUCGAGCGUGCUGUAGCUGCCCCUACUCCGUUUGCCAAGAAACCUCGUCACGCCGUUCCUCCUACUUACAGCUCCCCCACCCAUGCAUCCACGGCCAAGGCAGUUGACCCCAUCAAUUUACGUCGAAGUCUUUCCGGUCUGAAUGGUUCCUUCUCUCGGCCACCCACCCCUCCUCCCCCCGAGGUUCCUUGGACCAUCGCCACGCAGGAACUUUAUAGGCUUCUAGUUCCCGAGGAUCGUCCAACGGAAAGCUGCACCAUUGAAGAGAUUGGUUCGAUAGUUGCGCAGGCCAAGCAAGAUUACCCUGUUUCCCCUCCGCCGGAGGUGGCGAGAGAGAUACAGCUCCCCACGCCCCCGAACGGACCUACCAGGGCUGGGUUGAGGGAUAGGCGAGCGAAGCCAAUUGAGGCCAUUCAUGAGGAGGAGAGUGUAGAUAAGCCAACCAAGGGUCGAAGGAAGACGACUGCUCAUGGCUACGGAUUGCCCUCUUCCCGAGCUGGCACCGCUGAACCUCCUCAACCGGUCCGUCGCUCUGGCAGGCGCGCUAGCACCGCGUCUGUGCUCACAACCACCGCCGAAGACGAACUAGCGGUAGCCAGUGUAGCCAAUAUCAAGAGCCGCGGACUCGGCGAGAGCAGCAGCAAUGCCAAUGGCGGCAUUCCCAUCGCCCGCACUGGAUCAGCCCCCUUCCUCCAAGUCAAGAAACCCCGAGCGGCGCCGGCGCCCCGGAAGGAGACGACGGCCAGGGCUCCCAGGGUCGGUGGAAGGAAGUCACCUACGAGAGGGGCGCGGAAGAGCCCGACAACGGCAACGAAGGCCGCAGCUGGAAUUGUCACUCCCCAGGGAUCAACACCAGAGAAGCCAGAGAUUAAAAUCUCUAGCUCCGACAAUAUACAGUCGAGUGACGAACCGGGUCUCGACCUGAUAACUACGGGAAUGAACAAGGUUAGAAUCACGCUCGUCUCGAAGUCUCAGCAAGACAACCAGGAAAAGGCGAAGACGGCUAGUAGCACCGCGGCGGGGCCUGUCAAGCCAACUCCCCGUAUCCGCUUCAUCAAGAACGGCCAGCGAUCCGGCAGCUCGUCACCCGAGACCACCCAGUCUCUUGGUGGAGUUUCUACCCCCGACACCUCGCCACCUAAUCAGAAAAUCCCCUCCAUGCCGGUAACGAGCCCCAUUGAGGAGAGGCCCAUGUCCGCGUCUUGGGAGUCGCCCGAUCCACUUGGCGUCCCGCUGCCCUCUAGCCCUAUGAAUGGCCUACCGGGCACGCCCGACAAGUUCGUGCGAUACCAACCAGAGGGACCCACACCCGUCGCCGUGGCCAUGAGCGAGCCUGUUAAGUUCCUCCCUCCGAACAUGGCGACGCCGACUCCGAUGAAGAGAGCGGAUCUGCCCAGCUUUACCGCGACAUCUGCCAUUCCUUUCGCGCGUCCUUUGAACGAACCUUCGGGUGAUGACCAGUAG